UUUGUGUGUGUACUGUAGGGGAAGUAACUUCAAUUGUUUGCCUAAUUACUGCCAAAUAGGAACGCGCGAAAGAACUUCACACACGAAUCAGACGAAAUCAAAGAAAGAUUCCUGAGUUUGAGUCCUGUGAACAUGUCCAGCCCAGCUCAGAAGGUGACCAGGAACCACCGUGAAAUGUAUAAAGCUAAAACACCUCCAUGGAAAGAAACAUACAGAAAGAGGUGCCUGGAGAGGUUGAGACAAAGCAGAGAAAAACUACAGGCGAAAUUUAGAAAGUUGGGGGAUAUUGACACCAACAAGACGGAAGAUGACACAUUCAUUAACGACCUAAUGAAAGACGAGCUACAGGGCAUGAAAGAGUCAUUGAAGAACCCUGCAUCACAAUCAGCAGAGGUUGAUGACUUUGAUAUUGGCGACCUCACAACAGACAUUGAUAAUGUGUUGUCUUUGUUUGAAGACAUACAAGCAGAGCUCAAACUAGAAGAGCUGAAGUUGAUAGAAGAAUUUGAAAGAUACGAAUCAAGUUUGAAAAUGGAAGAAGCCAAUUUGUGUAGUGCCAUUGAAAAGCUGUGUACAGAAGAAGUUAUUUGUCCAGUUUGUCAGAAAAGUCCUUUAUUGAUCAACAAAUCUGUGAUAUUUUGUCAGUGUGGAAUGAGAGUGAACACAGAGGAGGACUGUCUGACUUUGGUGCAUGUGAAGCACCUACUGGAGGAAGGGAUGAUGGGUCACACAGCUGUGUGUGAAGGUCAGGCAAUCUUUGCUGUCGUACAGGAUCUAGGCCCUCAGAACCUUCUCAUGUCAUGCAAGUCCUGUGAUUGGAUGUCAAUCAUCAUAUGAAUGAUCUCCGAAGGUUGAUGACGAAAUGUUUAAAAGAUCUGGAACAAUUUUCCUUGUCAAUAAUUAGGGACAAGAGAAAAUAUUGUUGUAUGAAGAUAAAAAGAUUAUGUCAAUUCGGUGGUCCUGUUGAUAAUUUCCUCAGGAGAGUUAUUGUAAGGUGAAGAUACAGCGGUGUUCAUGGCACUGACUUUAUCUCUGACAUCAGACAUCAGUCUCAAGUAGAAGGAUGUGCUGGGCAAUGCCGUCAAUAUCUCUGAGAGUCUUCAAACAUGUGAGAAUAUUAUAACACUGGGAGAGACUGGAUGGGCGAUGCUGUCAAUAUCUCUGAGAGUCUUAAAACAUGUGAGAAUAUUAUAACACUGGGAGAGACUAGAUGGGCGAUGCUGUCAAUAUCUCUGAGAGUCUUCAAACAUGUGAGAAUAUUAUAACACUGGGAGAGACUGGAUGGGCGAUGCUGUCAAUAUCUCUGAGAGUCUUCAAACAUGUGAGAAUAUUAUAACACUGGGAGAGACUGGAUGGGCGAUGCUGUCAAUAUCUCUGAGAGUCUUCAAACAUGUGAGAAUAUUAUAACACUGGGAGAGACUGGAUGGGCGAUGCCGUCAAUAUCUCCGAGAGUCUUCAAACAUGUGAGAAUAUUAGAACACUGGGAGAGACUGGAUGUACAGGUCAUUGCUACCACUAGCUUGCUCACCAGAAGUCGGAACAGAGGAAAAGUUACAUAAACUUAUUUGUUGUAUACAGUAAGCCUGGCUGAGAUAAUGAUUUCUCCCUCAAUGACUAUAUGUUUCUUUUUGGAUUGUGUUUUUUGUUCCCUUUGUCUUUCAUUGAUAUUUUGUUAUUUGUUUCAAACAUUUGCUGUGAACUGUAGUUUUUUAACCAGGGCAGCUCAGGUUAUCUGUAUGUGUGUUGUUUGUCAUUCCUUGUCACAUGCUCAUUUGACUGGUUUGAAAUUAGAUAAAAGAUAAGUAGUGCUUAUAAAUAUGUUUUCAAUUGUGUAUUUGCCAUGCCAUUAAAUGAAUGUGAUAUUAGAAAAAACGAUUUAUACAUUUUGGAUAUAUAAUUUAUCACCAUUGAUCCAUGUUUUACUAGUCAAUCCUCAUUCCACUUGUAUCAAUAUACAUGUAAAUAUAUUUGUUGAAGUGUAGGAUAUCACACAAAUAAGUUUAUUCACAUGUAUAAUCAAAGAGCUUCAACAAAUAGGUUAUAUUUGUACAUAAACAUAAGAUUUGAUAUAUUCAUAAUCAUCUCUCACAAUUUAUAAGUCUGGAAUAUACUUAACACAUAUAUUAAAGAAAAAUAACUUUUUUUUUGUGUCAAACGCAAAACAUUAUCUUAUGCAUGUAACAUAUUGAAAAGUAUUGUGAAGCUACACAGCAUCAUGUUAUUUAACAGUGAUAGAAGAGAAAAAACAUGGGCAGGGAGUGAUGAGUUAUACUGGUAGCAGUUAUUGAAUAUAAAUUUUAAUAUAUAUGUACAAUUACCUGUGCAACUUGCAACCUACCAAAAAGUACCUUUAUUCUAUACAUUGCAUUGAUACAAUGUAAAAUUGAAUGAGAAAUCUGAAAUCUGAGAUUAUUUGAAAUGUGAAAUUGUAUUGUGAAGUAAACAAUACUCAUAAUUGACUAAACUACAAUGAUACUACACUGCAGUACUCUAUAUUUGAUAAAUGUUGUUGUAUUCCAUAGUGCAUAUGACUUAAGUGAACUAUUAACAGAAACAUUACAUGAUAUAUAUAUAUAUACAAGUGAAUAAAAGAAUUGUAUCUGAUGUGUGCCACACAUGUUGAACAUGUUCUAAUAAAUUAUUGUUUGUUGAAU